AGAUUCAUUUGCAGGUUAGGUUUAGUUACGUGCAGAUAAAAUAAUUUUUUAGUUCUAUCUAAUACAAUGAAUGUGGCUGUUAUCAUGAAACCCGUGGAAAAGAAUCCUGGCUGUGAGCUUGACCUCGGUUGGCUAAAUAGUGUAAACGUAAAUCUAACCGCGGUGAAUGAUUUCGCUAAACAACUGGCCGCAUCGAAAUCGCUGAAAGACGAGUACAGAGCUGCAUGGAUACUAAAAGCCAUUACACUAAUUGAUUUAACCACUUUGGCUGGAGACGACACAAACAGCAAUGUUUCGAGAUUGUGUUUUAAGGCAACUAAACCGAUAGCUGAAGAUUUGCUAAAAGAACUGGGAUUCAGCUACGAUAAAGGAUGCCCUAUCAAAACGGCUGCAGUAUGCGUCUACCCUUCGAAGGUUCCAGAUGCAGUGCAAACCCUUAAGCAGCUUGGCUAUUACAAAAAAGUCAAUGUGGCCUCAGUUGCCACUGGAUUCCCUGCUGGUCAGACCCCCUUGAAAAGCCGCCUGGAGGAAAUCAGAUAUGCCGUGGAGAAAGGAGCCAAUGAAAUAGACAUAGUCAUUGAUCGAUCAUUGGUCCUGACUGGCCAAUGGGAAGAGCUUUAUAGGGAAAUUCAGCAAAUGAAAGAAGCCUGUGGUUUGGCCCACAUGAAAGCCAUUCUUGCCACUGGGGAAUUGGACACAUUGAACAAUGUAUAUAAGGCGUCACUAGUUGCCAUGAUGGCUGGUUCGGAUUUUAUCAAAACUUCUACUGGCAAAGAGUCAGUAAAUGCCACUUUGCAGUUUGGUAUUGUGAUGGCAAGAGCUAUUAAGGAAUACCAACAGAAAAUGGGCUAUAAGGUGGGUCUGAAACCUGCAGGCGGUGUAAGAAAUGCCAAAGACGCGUUGUCCUGGAUGGUUUUGGUAAAGGAGCUUCUAGGAAAUGAUUGGCUCGAUGCUGAGCUCUUUAGAUUCGGGGCUUCUGGCCUGUUAGGCGAUCUAGAGUGUAAUUUAUAUGAGUUCGUUACCGGAAAGUAUCCGGCCGCAUACGAGUUCUCUAUGGGCUGAAAAAAUAUGACAAGAUUUACAUAAA